GAUCAUGACCGUCCCCCACGUGAGUCAGACAGUCAGUGGAGGAGAGGCGAACCGUGAGGAGGAGGUAGGAGCAGAGCAGGUGCACAGCAGAGAGAGUGGGAGUCGCAGCAGAGUGGGAGUUUGGCACCGACCAAGGAAAUGAAGUUGAAGACAUCAAUAGCUUUAGCGCUGCUUAGCAUUUUGCUUUUAUUAUCAUACAAGACUUACAAAGAGAAGAAAAGGGACACAAAAACAGAAUUUAUGCUUAAAAUAUUACCUAAUGAGAAAAUCUUACAAAAUUUCUCUUACACUGGAAUUGGCCUUUUUCAUGGCCAUGCUUGUUCGUGCGAGAAUAAAAGUACGGUUAUUCAUCUAAAGGACCGUUUAAACAAGGAAGAUGGAACUAUCAAAGCACGGAGGGAUAAGGAGCUAAAACACUUCAAGAAAAGGUACGGAUCUGUAAAUAACAACGUUCUGAUAGCACCAUUGAACUUACCCCUAAGCUAUCCUAUCCAUGGAACUCAGGUCAUGCCCUUACACACUAUCUUUUUAAGAGGUUUAAGCGUCUAUGAAGAGGGGAAUCAGAAUUACGAGGUGACCCUGGAAGCUUCUCUAGGGACAUUUAACACAUUUGCUGAUGUCCCUGAAGAACAGGUUGAGGGAAGAGGAAACAAUAAAAUGACAAUAUCUACUCCAUAUUUACAAGUUCUAAAUCACAUCCUUCAGCACGUUACUUACACCAGCACAGUGUUUGAUAUUGAUGCUACAGACAUAGUGCAUUUCAAGAUGGGUAACCACAAGGCUUCAUUUCCUGUGAUGAUAAAACAGCCCCCAAUGCCAUUUUUAUUCGACUCUGGACCUGAUCAGAAGAUAAGUUCAUUGGUCACCAUUACUACCAAGACAUUUUUGCGCUACGACAAAGUGCGACUUUUAAUUAAAAGUAUUCGUGAGUUUUAUCCGAACAUCACAAUCAUUGUCGCUGAUGAUAAUGAGAUCACAGAGAAGAUCGAAGAGCCGAAUGUUGAACAGUAUUUCAUGCCAUAUGCAAAGGGAUGGUUCGCUGGUAGAAACCUGGCAGUGUCUCAAGUCACUACAAAAUAUUUCCUGUGGGUUGAUGAUGACUUCUUCUUCACAAAAGAUACAAAAAUUGAAAAAUUAGUACAGGUCCUAGAGGAAACAGAUUUGGACUUGGUUGGGGGAAGUGUAGAUAACACUGCUUUCAAGUUCAGAAUCGUGUACCAAGAAGGAGAUGAAGAGGGUGAUUGCCUUUAUAGAAGAGACGGUUAUUACCACAAUUUGGAAGGUUUCCCGAAUUGCGUGGUAGCAAGCGGGGUAGUGAACUUCUUCAUGGCUCAUGCGCGUCGUGUCCUGGCAGCAGGAUUUGACCCUAAACUAAACAGGGUGGCUCACUCAGAGUUUUUCGUAGACGCAUUCGGAAGCCUAAGAGUUGGUUCUUGCAGCGACGUAGUAGCUGGUCACCAACAACGCACUCCAGCACAAACGGACAAUGAGAAAAAAUAUGUUGUGUUUCGACAAGAUACUCAUGAACAAAUGAACUUUAAAAUGAAUUUGCUUUAUUUUAAGCAUAAUCUGAAGUGCUACACUUAUAAAUGAUUUUCACAAUUUUUUUUAUUUUUUUUACAGGGACCAAAUAUUAACUAUAUUUUAAUCAUUUACUUGAGUAACAUCAAAUCUACUCUCGUAUAAUAGUUUAUUCAGAUUUAUUAAUUCCACCAUAAAUUAUUGAUAUUAUUAUAAAUCAUAUAUCUCAUUGGUUCUAUCUCACAUCAAUUAUAAAAAAGCACUCAUGUGAUUAGUUUACUCUAGUCCUGAACAAGACUGGUCAAUCAAUUUGUUCAAUCAGUCAUUUCAACUAAUAGAUAAAGUUUUAGAAAAAUAUCUAUUCCAUUGUGAAAUUCUAGUGGAUAAAUAGUUUGAUACCAUUAGUAUCUCAGUCCUUUGAUAAAUAACUAGCAGUCUACUUGUCAUUCAAAUAUGUCACCAACUGAAGAAGAGCAAGUUAUUCUUUGUUAUUAUGUGGUGUUGUCUUCUCUGUCUUUUGUUCUGCUUGACUUAUACAUUCUAUGUUUAUAUAAGAUAUGUUUGUAAGUGAUAUUGACAUAGCUCACAUGUACAGCUCUAACAUAUACUGAUUGCUGUCUUUAUAGUGAUUAUAAAUAGAAAUACCUUGCUAUUGUAUCCUAUAUGGAACCAUUGUUAUCAGUGUUGGUUCUAUGAGGGUGAGUUGUGUACAAAAUAAGCCCAAGCUUUUUCUUUGUGCCCCUGUUGGGCUGAGGAAAAAAAUAACAACCCUGGAACAAAAUGCUCCAAUUACAGAACACCUGUAACUCCACCUCCACUCACCCUGACUCCUCCCACUGUCUUGCGGAAAAUAUACUUGUUUUGUUUCUGGCAACAUGGGCAGCAGGUUUAUUUUUGGUACCCAAGACCCAUGAGAAGUGCUUAUCCCUUUAGCCCAUGAGAAGCGCUUAUCCUUUUAGCCCAUGAGAAGCGCUUAUCCCUUUAGCCCAUGAGAAGCGCUUAUCGCUUUAGCCCAUGAGAAGCGCUUAUCCCUUUAGCCCACGAGAAGUGCUUAUCCCUUUUGGGGGCAUAUUUAUCAAGCUCCGUAUGGAAGUUAUGAAGCAAAGCAACGGUCUAAAGAUCGAAUACGAUCGGGUUGAUUGACACCCCCUGCUAGUGCUCGAUUGGCCGCAAAUCUACAGGGGGCGACAUUGCUCCAGCAGUUCAAAAGAACUGCUGGUGCAAUGAUAAAUGCCGACAGCAUAUGCUAUUGACAUUUAUCGAUGUGCCGCGAUGUGCAGCGGACAUGAUACGUUACUUCGUAUCAUGUCCACUUGCAAAUUGAUAAAUAAACCCUUAUAUCUUCUCUGCAAGGAUAAAGCAGCUGUAUGUGGGCUGUGCUGGGUGAGAUGAACAAAUGAUUAUAUAUAUAAGGCAGUUAUUAACCCAUGGACUAGAUACAGCAGAAAUCUCUAAUACAGAGACUAAAGCAUUGUAUGGUUACGGCACAUUUGUUGUAGCGACUUUUAUUGCCCUGAUUAUUCUCACAACUCAUUUACUUAGGGACAGUACGGUAUAUGUGGCACAAUAAAUAAUAAUUACUAUUACUAGCCAUCAGGGGGAGUUUCUGACCUAUCUAUAUAACACUGGUGCCUGUAUUAAAUAGUUCCAAGUAUUAUAAACUCCCUAAACCUAACCACCAUUGAUCCUAUCUUCUAAGUCAGUUAACCCUAACCAUUAACAUCAUCAUGAUCUUUCCAGAAUGUAUACAAGUGUAAGGGCUACAAAAAAAUUAGUUAUAUCUACGAGCUGGAAGGAAUCCCACAUUAAACUCAUCAAUAAUUUUUAUAUCACCCCAGCACGUCUAAUGAGAAUGUUUCCAGCGCAAUUAGUUAGAUGUUCUCGGUGUUCCUAUCCGAAAGCGGAUGUCCUCCAUAUGUUCUAUUUUUGUCCUAAAAUGUUGCAGAUUUGGGAGAAGCUUACUUUCUGGAUUAACAAACUAUACAAGACAAAUUUAUACUUGUCACCUGAAUUGGUUAUUCUUUUAAAGACACAAAUAAUUAAUUUAGGUAUUCAAGAUAAAGUACUAAAUACACUUAUACUACUGAUAAGACACCUUAUAGUAAAGAACUGGAAAGCUACAGUAGCUCCUCCUCUCUCCAUGAUAAUAAAAGAAAUUCAAAACCAAAUCAUUUUUUAAUCUUAUCACUUGAAGAGUGCUAAGGAAAAUAAAAUAAAAAGAUUUUUACUAGGAUGGUUACCGAUAAGUAAAACAUAUACUCUUCAGAUUCAGAAAAAGAUUCUAUACCCCUUUCUAAGCACUGAGUCAUUUGCUGAAUUGGUUGUCCUAGAUGAAUUUCCAGCUGAUUGGUACUCACUCCACAGACAGGGUUAGUACCCAGGAUUCGUAAACUUUAGAGUAUAGAGAUAUGAGAACUUAAACCGGUACUACUAUUUCUCUAAAUACUAGUAAUAAGUAGGGGAGGGAGAGAGGGAGAGAGUUCAGGGGACCCCUUUCCUUGCCCAGUAUCCCUUUUUUUUUUUUUUUUCUCCUUUGUCCUUUUCAGGCAGAGGGUCCACAUUGGAUAAAUAUAGUGAGGGUGGAUUGACCAAAAGCCAAAUGAAGAUGGUUGCUUUUUUAUUUGUGGUUUAUUUAAGUUAGGCAUGUUUGUACUUACCCCCACACAAGAGAGUAUACCUGGAUUAGAAUGUCAAGAUGUUUAACCUUGUUAGAGUUGAUUAUUGCAUCUGUAUAACAAUACCCCUUGUGGUUUUUACUUUUUUUUUUCUUCUCUCCCCUUCUCCUUUAUAUAAUGUGAAAACUCCAGCAAUAUUAUGAUAGAUUAUAAUGAUAUACCUGUUUAGUUGCAAUGUUAAAAUCAAAGGUAUUUACAAGGUAAUUGUAUUAUUUCUUUGCGAUUUCAUUAUGUGUUUCUUAUGUUUGUUUGUUUUUUAGCAAGGCAUUAAUUCUGUUUAUAUGAUUCAUUGCUGGCGAUAAAAUAAAGAAUAUAAAAAAAAAAAA